CCAGCCCACUCAUCCCCUAGUUUGCUGUCAUUUGGAAGCUAUUGCAAAGUCAUUAACAGGCAGGACCGGGAGAGCCGCAGUGCAGCACACCUCUGUGUGGACAGAAUGUGGCUGCGUGUAAGCACCAAUGGGAGUGGCCUGUUCCCGGGACCGGGGCCCCAGGAGCCCUGUCAGUCAGCCUCCUUACAAUAGCACGUGCAUCCGCCGGGGCUCCGCAUCCGCUGGGAGGCUUCGCUGAACUCCAGCUGCUGAAUGAGAAUGAGUUCAAAGCUUUUUACACGAUCAUGGAACCGAGCCUCGGCUCAGUAAUGCAUCCUGAGGUAAACUGUUACCUGAGUCAGGCUCUAAAUAAUGCAUUUCCUGGGGACCACAGUUGUAGCAGAAGAGAAUGCCGGAACCCGUAGCAAGAUUGCUGUCUGAGAUGGAAAGAUGUCUCACUAUCAUUUCAUCAAGUGCUGUUGCUUUCAGCUAUGUAACGUUUUCCGAACCCAUGAAAUGGAAAUUGACCAGUGCUUGUUGGAGUCCCUUCCCCUCGGCCAGCGUCAGCGGCUGGUGAAGCGCAUGCGCUGUGAGCAGAUAAAAGCCUACUAUGAAAGAGAGAAGGCUUUUCAGAAGCAGGAAGGAUUCCUGAAAAAGCUGAAGCAUGGGAAGAGUCAGAAAGUCCACUUUAACCUUGCCGACAUGAUACAGGAUGCAAUUAUCCACCACGAUGACAAAGAAGCACUCCGGCUCCUGAAGGAGGGCGCGGAUCCACACACUGCCGUUUCCUCGGGAGGGUCCCUGCUGCAUCUGUGCGCUCGGUAUGACAAUGCCUUCAUUGCAGAGAUCCUGAUUGACAGAGGGGUCAAUGUCAACCACCAGGAUGAAGACUUUUGGACACCAAUGCACAUCGCCUGCGCUUGUGAUAACCCUGAUAUUGUCCUGCUGCUUGUAUUAGCUGGAGCUGACGUCCUUCUCCAGGAUGUCAAUGGAAAUAUCCCGUUGGAUUACGCCGUAGAGGGGACGGAAUCCAGCUUCAUCCUGCUGACCUAUCUGGAUGAACAUGGAGUGGACCUGACGUCGCUGAGACAGAUGAAGCUUCAGAGACCACUGGCCAUGCUGACAGAUGUCAAACACUUCUUAUCAGGCGGUGGAAAUGUUGACGAGAAGAACGAUGAAGGAGUGACUCUGUUACAUAUGGCAUGUGCCAGUGGCUAUAAGGAGGUGGUGGCCCUUCUCCUGGAGCAUGGCGGGGACCUGAAUAUCGCAGAUAAUCAGUACUGGACCCCACUCCAUUUGGCAGCAAAGUAUGGCCAGACAAACCUGGUGAAGCUUCUUCUGAUGCAUCAGGCAAACCCAAACCUUCUGAACUGCAAUGAAGAGAAGCCCUCAGAUAUCGCCGCAUCUGAGUUUAUUGAGGAAAUGCUGUUGAAAGCCGAAGUUGCCUGGGAAGAAAGGGUAAAAGAGCGUUUAUCUGUUCCUGCCUUGGCCUCCGAGGAGCCCUAUGAAGAGAUCCUCCACGAUCUCCCCGCUCUCUCGAGCAAGCUCAGUCCCCUGGCGUUGCCGAUUGCCAAGCAAGACAGUAUGUUGGAGAAAGACAUUAUGUUCAAAGAUGCCACGAAAUGUCUAUGCAAGAGACAGUCUCAAGACAGCAUCCCUGAAAAUGCUGCUGUGAAUGGCCCCACACAACCUGAACCAGUCAAGCUGAUGCCUCCCGCUCCCAGCGAUGACCUGGCGACGCUCAGUGAGCUGAACGACGGCACCCUGCUUUACGAGAUUCAGAAGCGCUUUGGGAACAAUCAGAUAUAUACUUUUAUUGGAGAUAUCCUCUUGCUUGUUAACCCGUUCAAAGAGCUUCCAAUUUAUUCCACGAUGGUGUCUCAGCUCUACCUCAGCAGCACGGGGCAGCCCUGCUCCUCCUUGCCUCCCCACAUCUUCUCCUGUGCCGAGAGAGCCUUUCACCAGCUUUUCCAGGAGCAGCGGCCCCAGUGCUUCAUUCUCAGUGGAGAAAGAGGAUCGGGCAAGUCCGAAGCCAGCAAGCAAAUAACGAGACACCUCACCCGCAGAUCUGGCUCCCGCAGGCCCGUGUUGGACUCCAAAUUUAAACAUGUCAUGAGCAUCUUGGAGGCCUUUGGACAUGCCAAGACAACGCUUAAUGACCUGUCCAGUUGCUUCAUAAAGUAUUUCGAACUACAGUUCUGCGAGAGGAAGAAACACUUAACUGGAGCCAGAAUUUAUACAUACAUGCUCGAGAAAUCCAGAUUGGUUUCACAGCCGCUUGGCCAGAGCAAUUUCCUCAUUUUCUACUUGUUGAUGGAUGGGCUAUCUGCUGAAGAAAAAUACGGACUUCACCUGAGUAAUUUACGUGCACACCGGUAUUUGAACCAGACCCGACCAGAAGAUGUCUCAACAGCAGAACUUUCUCUGAACAGGGAGAAAUUCGCUCUUUUGAAACAAGCCCUGCAUGUCAUUGGCUUCAGUCACUUGGAGGUAGAGAAUCUGUUUGUGAUUCUGGCUGCAAUAUUACACAUUGGAGACAUUCGAUUCACGGCUCUGACCGAGGCCAACUCUGCAUUUGUCUCUGACCUCCAGCUUCUGGAACAAGUGGCUGGAUUGUUGCAAGUUUCAACCGAUGAAUUGCUGUCUGCUCUAACCACCGACAUCCAGUAUUUGAAAGGGGACACCAUCAUACGGCGACAUACUGUGGAGAUGGCUGAAUUUUACCGGGAUCUCUUGGCCAAGUCCCUGUUCGGUCGUCUGUUUAGCUUCUUGGUGAAUACCAUGAACAGUUGCCUCCACAGUCAAGAUGAGCACAGCAGCCCACAGACUUUGGAUAUUGGAAUACUGGACAUCUUCGGUUUUGAGGAAUUUCAAAAGAAUGAAUUUGAACAACUUUGUGUCAACAUGACCAAUGAGAAGAUGCACCACUACAUCAAUGAAGUGCUUUUUCUGCACGAGCAAACAGAAUGUGUACAAGAGGGAGUUACCAUGGAAACAGCUUAUUCUCCUGGGAACCAGACUGGAGUUUUGGAUUUUUUUUUCCAGAAACCAUCUGGAUUUCUCUCUUUAUUGGAUGAAGAAAGUCAGAUGAUUUGGUCAAUGGAACCAAAUCUUCCCAAAAAGCUACAAAGUCUCCUUGAAUCGUCAAACACAAAUGCAGUCUAUUCACCCAUGAAGGAUGGGAAUGGGAACAUGGCGCUCAAAGACCAGGGCACAGCCUUCACCACCAUGCACUACGCAGGAAGGGUAAUGUAUGAAAUCGUUGGAGCAAUUGAAAAAAAUAAAGACACCCUUUCACAGAAUCUUCUAUUUGUAAUGAAAACUAGUGAAAAUGUCGUGAUACAUCAUUUGUUCCAGUCGAAACUGUCACAGACAGGAUCCCUCGUGUCCUCCUAUCCCUCUUUUAAGUUCAGAGGACAGAAAUCCACCCUGCUCAGUAAGAAAACGGCAGCUUCUUCAAUUAUUGGAGAAAACAGGAACUAUCUAGAACUCAGUAAGUUAUUAAAGAAGAAAGGAGCCUCUACAUUUCUUCAGCGACUGGAACGGGGAGGUCCCGUCACCAUUGCAUCACAACUCAGGAAAUCUCUAACGGAUAUUAUCGGAAAACUUCAGAAGCGGACUCCACACUUUAUUCAUUGCAUCAAGCCCAAUAACUCAAGGCUGCCAGAUACUUUUGACAAUUUUUACGUGUCUGCUCAGCUACAAUAUAUUGGGGUCCUGGACAUGGUGAAGACCAUCCGAUAUGGUUACCCUGUUCGCCUUUCCUUCUCGGAUUUCCUGUCAAGGUACAAGCCGCUGGCCCAUACGCUCCCGGGGGAGAAGCAGCCGCUGUCUGCCGCGGAGAAGUGUCGCCUCGUUCUCCAGCGGUGCAAACUGCAAGGCUGGCAGAUGGGAGUCCGAAAAGUGUUUCUAAAAUACUGGCACGCCGACCAGCUCAAUGAUCUGUGCCUGCGGCUCCAGAGAAAAAUUAUCAUCUGCCAAAAAGUUGUACGAGGGUUUCUAGCACGCCAGCACUUGCUUCAGAAAAGGAGCAUCAGACAGCAAGAGGUCACGUCCAUCAACAGCUUCCUGCAGAUUACGGAAGACAUGGGGUUGAAGACCUACGAUGCCCUGGUCAUUCAGAACGCUUCUGACAUUGCACGUGAAAACGACCGGCUGCGGAACGAAAUGAAUGCUACUUACCAUAAAGCGAAGGUGGAGGCCAGACACAAGCCAGAGGAAGGAACCAAAAGAGCCGAAGAUAGGGCUGGACCUAGGCAUUGCCACUACAGCUCCGUCCCGGUCCCCUUGGCGGUGGACGGCCUGAUCCAGGCCCUGGCUGGCCCGUCCGCCCGGUCUCCUUCUCUGCACUCGGUGUCCAGCCUGGAUGAUGGCAGCGGCCUCCCCUCACCACGGAAACAGCCUCCGCCCAAGCCCAAGAGGGACCCCACCACGCGGCUGAGCGCCUCCUAUGAGGCCGUGAGCGCCUGCCUGUGGGCGGUGGCCCGGGAGUCAGCAGGCGAAGGGCUCACCCGACCCCGACCUCACAGCGACGACUACAGCACCAUGAAGAAAAUUCCUCCUCGCAAACCCAAGCGCAGCCCCAACACCAAGCUCAGCGGCUCCUCCGAGGAGAUCGCGGGCGCGCAGCGCAGAGGGGGCCCGCAGCGCGCGCCGGGGGUCCCUGCGCCCCCGGCGCCCCCCGCGCCCCCCAUGCGCGCCCCGCUGGAGCCAGAGCCUGAGCCCGUCUACAUCGAGAUGGUGGGCCGCGCCGGCAGCCCCGAGCAGGCGGAGGCCGUGUACGAGGAGAUGAAGUACUUCGCGCCCCCCGAGGCGUCUGCGUCGCCCCCUCUGCUGAGUGACACUCGGAACCCUGUCACCUGCGAGGAUGGCGAAGGGGGUGGCCAGGCCGCCGCCGGGCCCUGCAAAGACGCGUGCGACAUCCCGGCCCCCUUCCCCAACCUGCUCCCCCACCGUCCCCCACUCCUGGUGUUCCCCCCGACCCCGGUCACCUGCUCCCCGGCGUCCGACGAGUCGCCCUUGACGCCCCUGGAGGUGAAGAAGCUGCCCGUGCUGGAGACCAACCUCAAGUACCCGGUGCAGGCUGAAGGCUCGAGCCCCCUGUCUCCACAGCACGCCAAGAACCAAAAAGGCGACGGGGACAGGCCCGCGUCCCCCUGCCCGCUGGCAACGAGCGGGUCCCCCCCUACGCCCCCUCCCCCUCCCGUGCCCCCGGCCCCCCGGCCGCCCACGCACUUCGCCUUCCCCCCGGAACCCCUGGGGAACGCAGGCCGGAUAGCGGGCCCCAGCCCCGAAGUGCCCAAAGCGCCCCAGCCGCCCAACUCCGCACCCGCGGGGGGCCCGUGCAGCUCCUUCUCCAAGGCCCCCUACUCCCCCGGGAGGGCAGCCAGGGCCGAGCACAGGAAGGCCAGCGCCAGCCCCUCCUCCCCGGUGCCCUACAGCCCCCCAAACUGCAGGGCGCUCGGCAGCCCCCUGGACGAGCUGACCAGCCUCUUCAGCUCUGGAAAGAGCGUGCUUCGGAGGUCCGCCGCGGGGAGGAGGAUCAGGGAGCCCGAAGGUUUUGAGACUAACAUGAACCUCACUGGCCGAGAGGAUGCUGGUAGAUCAGAAAUUGCAUCUGAGACUCAAGAUAGAAAUGCAAAUAACCAUGGAAUUCAAUUAUCUAAUUCACUCUCGAGUGCUAUCACUGCUGAAAAUGGGAAUUCCGUCUCAAAUGGUUUACCUGAGGAAGAUGGACUCUGCGGGUUGUCUGUGAGCAGCUCCACGACCUCCUCGUUUCAGAGACCGAGAGAGAGCCACACCACUCAGGUCAUCCAGCAGCUGCGGCUCUCCGAGAACGAAAGCGCGGCCCUGCAGGAGCUCCUGGACUGGAGGCGGAAGCUGUGCGAGGGGCGGGAAGACUGGCAGCGCCUCCUGCAUGCCCCGGAGCCCAGGGCGCCUCCGCCUCCUCCCUGCAAGAAGCCCCCGCUGGUGAAGAAGCCCGAGGGCGCGUCCUGCGGCCGGCUGCCCUCCGAGCUGUGGGACUCCGGGCUGUGAGCGGCCGCGCGCUCGAGUGCCCGCCGCAUCCCGGCCGGCGCCCCCGGCACGCGUCUACACGGAGUGGCCCGGACCCCGGAC